AUGUCCGCAGAGGCCGCCGUGUCCAUGGGGGACCUUGAAAUUGGCAGCGGCAAGGGGAAGGAGCCGAGCGUGGAAGGCAGGGGGCACGGGUGGUGGCAUGAGCACUUGGUGCGGCCCUGCCUGGUCGAACUGCUGGGCUCUGCCCUCUUCAUCUUCAUCGGGUGCCUGUCGGUCAUCGGGAACGGGCCGGAAGCAGGGCUGCUGCAGCCGGCGCUGGCCCACGGGCUGGCGCUGGGCCUCCUGGUCGCCACGCUGGGCAACAUCAGCCUGACGAUGCUGCUUCCCUACUGGGUGUCCCAGCUGUGCGGGGGGCUGCUCGGGGCCUCCCUGGCCAAGGCGGUGAGUCCUGGCGACAGGUUCUGGAACGCGUCUGGGGCAGCCUUUGUGACGGUCCAGGAGCCGGGGCAGGUGGCGGGGGCCGUGCUGGCAGAGGUCGUCCUGACCACGCUGCUGGCGCUGGCUGUCUGCAUGGGCGCCAUCAAUGAGAAGACGCAGGGCCCGCUGGCACCGUUCUCCAUCGGCUUCUCCGUCACCGUGGACAUCCUGGCAGGGGGCGCCGUGUCGGGAGCCUGCAUGAACCCUGCCCGGGCCUUUGGACCAGCUGUGGUGGCCAACCACUGGGCCUUCCACUGGAUCUACUGGCUGGGCCCGCUGCUGGGUAGCCUGCUGGUCGGAGCGCUCGUCAGGUUCUUCAUUGGAGAUGGGAAAACUCGGCUCAUCCUAAAGGGACGCUGAAGCCGGUGCUGGGCGUCCCGCGGCCCUGGUGCCCUUGGUCCCCGGCCAGUUCUGCAUCGCCCGCUACUGCACAGGCCCAGGGAGCCCGGCUCCUUCCCUGGCGGGGCCUGGCUUCCCGCUGGCUGGCCUGCUGCUAGGCCCUGAGGUGCUCUAGGCUCUGAGGAGUGCCUGGUGCCUGGCAGAGCCCUCAGCCUGGGCAACGUGGCCAGCACUGCCCAGAGGGAGGUGGAAACAGCAUGUCAGAAAUGUCCUCCUGAGGGGAACGGUCCCAGGAGCAGAAGAGCACUGGGCGAGGCAGCUGUCCAUGUACAUCAGUUCCCUUCGCCCAUCUUCCUCCCUCUCCCUUCCCUGGCUCCUCUGUUGCAGAAGGGCCUUCUGUGGUCUCUUUCCUUGCUUCCUGA